GGCGGCGGCGGCAGCGGCGGCAGCAGCAGCAGCAGCAGAGUCCCGUCCGGUCCCGCCCCGCCUCCCUCCGCCUUGUCAUUGAUGUUGUUGUUUCUGUCGCAGGAGCCGGAGGGGAGGCCGAGGCCGGGCUCGGGGCUGCGGCCGCCGGCGGCUGGGCCGGCCAUGUCGUCGGUGUGUGGGGGGCCGGUGGGCGCCGGCUCCCUGCCCAGCGAGCUGGUGGUCCACAUCUUCUCGUUCCUGGCCGCCCCGGACCGGCUCCGGGCCUCGGCCGCCUGCUCGCACUGGCGAGAGUGCCUCUUCUACCCGGCCCUGUGGCCCCGGCUGCGCCUCAGCCUGCGCGUCUGCCCGGCCGAGCGCCCGCGCCUCGACUUCCUCAUGCGCAAGUGCGGCUGGUUCGUGCGCGAGCUCCGCGUCCAGUUCGCCGCCGACAACUACCCCAGCGGAGGAGCCGGAGGCGGCGGCGGAGCAGGAGCCGGAGGAGGAGGAGGAGGAGGAGGAGGCGCCAGCGGGGUGUGCGAGGAAGCGGCAGCCGCGGCGGCCGCGGCGGAGGGAGAAGCGCAGCUCUGCCCUCGCUGGCUGGAGCUGCUGAGGACCUACCUGGAGCUCGUACUCUGCGUGCUGAGCAGCGUCCGCAACAACAGGUAGGACGGCGUGGUGGGAGGCCAGCCAGCGUUAACUAACAUUCACACACACACACACACGCACACGCACACGUACUAACACCAAUGCAAACACACGCCAAGCGGGAGGGAGAGUUGCAAAGCCUUCUGCUUCCCAGCUAGGUAGCUGGGAAGCAGGAGCGCUCUCUCUCUUUCAAAGGUUCAUGUGCUUUCUAACAUCUGCCUGAAGUUCAGUCGAUUGAGUUAUUACUGGGUGGGGGAAGCUGCACCUGUUGAAUUCCCGAUUGUCACGCAUCCCCUUAAAGAUACCUUACUCCUGCUGUGCGCGCCGGGAGGGCGGGGGGAGGGAUGUGUGAGCGGCGAGGAAGGAGCCAUUCUGGAGCAACUCUAAGGGAACAUCACAUGAAGGAACACACGUCUGCACGUCGCCACCCAAAAGUGCUGCGGUUGGGGGGGGGAUCCUUGUGGAGAGGAGUGUUUCUGGAUAGGUAGCUUUGCUACCUUCCGCACGUCAAGUACCUUCCCUGGGCUGUCACCAAAAACAGGGAGCUGUUGAGACAGUUGUUAUUUGCCCUGUGCCCCCUGUUUUGAUGGGCUCAUAAUACUUUUUGUCAUAAGCUGCUAGGAAAACCUGACAGUUGCUUUUGGUUUCUUGACUGAUAGAAACACUAACCAUUCGUCAGCUAACAUGUCACUUCUUUAGUGCCUAAAUCCUUCAAAAUGGGAGACAGUGGCUUUGUGGUGUCCAUUCUAGAACACCUACUGUUAGUGUACUAUUCUGAAGCCAGCAGCAGGGCACAUUAAUAAUUUGCUCUGCUAUAGGCUGUUACAUAAUUGGGAAACCAGUUAAAGAACAUUUUCUUCUUUUUUAAAGGGAGCAAUACAGCAAUACCAGCUGAUCCAAAGUGAUAUCUUUUCCUUUCCAGUGACUCUAGUGUUUGUUGUCAUACAACAAAGGUGUCACAGUUAGUUACAUAUUUUGCAUUUUUAAUUGGGUUUUAUAAACAAGAAUGUUUUACAAAUAAGUAUACCAAGUUUUUCAUGUCAUUUGUAUAUCACAAAAAUAGCAUAAACAUAUUUUGCAUUUGUAAGCCUUUAGCUCUGCAUUCUUCCUCAAGAUUUCCAAAAUUCCCAUUCUGUCAAGGUCAUAUAAUGAAGAAAUCUAAGUUGAUCAGUAAUCUUCCAGAGCUGUUUGUUUCCUUUUGUUUCCUUUUGUGUUACUCUUGUUUCUCUCUGCUCCAAUACAGAAUGAAAUGUCCUUUUCAAGAAAAGAUUGUGCAGUUGUCCAUGCUGUGCUCAUCACUCUUUCCUACAGCCAGUUCUGCACAAUAGAAUAGACUAUAGUUUGCACAUCUUAAGUGAUUUGCAGUAAGAAAAUCCUGUUCACAUCACACAUCUCAGAAAAUUAAACUGCUGCAACUGGUACAGCAACCAUAUGUCAAUGAAAAGAUGUGAUAAGAUCUGAAGCAGCCAAGAUCAGAUUUGUGGCCAUUUUUUUCAGAGAUUUCCAAAUUCCGUCUCACUCUGUUGGGUGCUACAGUGACCAGCUUUUGUCAUGUGGAUACUGAAACACUCAAGUAUGUGUGCUGUGAGCCAGGAAAUUGCAGUUCACUUUCAUGGCAGCCAGGAAAUUGCAGUUCAUAUUUCACCUCAUCUGUGAGCUCACUAGGUGACCCGCUGUGGGGCCUUUCUGUCACUUUUUAUUUUUGCAUAUUUAUUACAUUUAUUUAAAUCCCACCUUGCUCCCAAGGAGCUCAGUGUAACACACAUGGUUCUUCCUCUCCCUAUUUUAUCCUCACAGCACCCAUGUGAUGUAGGUUAGACUUGGAGACAAUGAUUGACACUCUUACACUCACCUGUGGAAAAGGCAGCUGCUUGCUUCAGGGAAGGAGGUAAUCUGCAUGAAAAGUAACAAGCCAAGAACCAGAAAGAGAGAGCAGCAAAGUCCUUUCUUUGAGCUGAUACCCUGUCCGUCAUCUAGAAGAGAGGCUUACAAUACAGCACACACUGCAGGAUAUAUGGUUAUAUAAAAAACAAAACAAAAUAAAAUCAUGCACCUAUUAUAAAAACAGCAACACUAAGGCCCAACUCUAACCAGCAUCACUAUCAGCAGGCCUGGACAAAUUAAUAGGAAACCAUUAGACUGAUGAAGUGCUAGGUCUGCAACAAGGGUGUGGCAGGCUCGAUGAGCCCCUCUCAAGCUAGCAGCCUAUUAAAGCUGUAGGGAAUUUGGGCCUCAGCAGUUUCUUAUAGGACUUACCCUCCCUUUCACUCUGUUAGCUAAUCAUGGUACAUAGAUGACUUCAUGGGCUUUCUUAUUCAAUCCUGCAGAAUCUGAAGAGUGUAAAGAUGAUGGCAUUGCAAGGGCUAUUUGUAUCUUGUGGCUGAUCCUGCAUACUGUCUGCUGGUUUUCCUUUUGAACAUCCCUGUUGCUUACCAGUUGAGGCCAUGCUUGCAUAAAACAUUUCUCCAGUUCUAUUUAUGUAGCCUUAUUUCUUUACCAGCUAGGCAAAAUAAUAAUUCUAUAGAAGUUGACCCCAGUAAUUCUAACUGCAGCUGGUUGAGAUUGCAGAGGCACUCCUGUUUCCUUAAAGUGUUUAUGUAAACAACCCCAUUGAAAGGACCAGCAAACAUGCAAAGCUUCUAUGUCAGCCUUGUAUCUUAACAACCUGCCUUGUGACCAUAGGCAACAAGGAAUUCCAUGCGGCUAAUUAGUUGUCUGGCUAAGGAGGGAUGGAUUGCUGUGUCCAGGCACCACCAACCCACUUCAUUUCUGUUCUCACCACUGGGGAAGAGGCUUUUAUUCCUCUGAGCAGCAUAACAACACAGCCUACUAGCUUUUUAGCAGGCUAGUGGUUUUACUUUACAGGCUAUUAACUCCAGUGGACUUAGUUACAAGGCUGUCUUAGUAUGUCAAUGAUCAGGUAGCUUAAAGAAUAGACUAUGUGUUGCAUAUAAAUGUUCUAGAAGCAUAUUUACCACCACAAAUUUAUUCCUGGAACCCCACAGAGGGGGAAAGCAGCUCAAGCGGUGAGUUAGAAAGAAAAAAAUAGUUGAUAAUGAAAAAUAGUUGAUAAUGCAUCUCUGCACAAGACUUUCUCCAUCUGAAGUUGCUUUUCCUUACACAAAAAGAGCAUCAGGAUUCAUUAUGUGCAUUUUCAUAUUACUUCGUUCCUAUGGUAAUAAGCCAGAGCAUGAUCCUUUAGAAAGGAUUGCUAGACGAGGGUGUGAGCAAAAAGUAGUGUCUGAACUGUAUGUUUUGGUCCUGUGCUGUUGAACGCACACGACUCAAAUAUUGCCAGAAUUCUGACAUGCACGCUUAUUUGAGAAGUAGAAGGAAAUGUGUUUCAUUUGGCAGAACCAUUCUGAGAGUUCAUUAACUAAAUCCAGCAAAUACGUUUGACUCUUUCCUUCUCCUAGUGAAGCAGAACUCUCCCUACCCCCGCGGUUAACUUUCAGAAUUUAUUGAGGAAAAUACUUAAUUGUUGCAGCAGCUUUGUUCUGCAACAACACCUUCUGAAUAAACCUUUAAAGCUGCAAGUCUAACCACAUGUUCCCCUGAAUAAGCCCUGUGGAAAAACCGUAGAAUUCACUUUGGAAUUAAUACGGAGGAUUGUGCUGUAAGUAAGGUGUCGCACCCAAGAAGUUGUCUUUAUUUCGCUUAUGCUCUACUCCUCAAAGAGCAAAUUGCAUGUGGUUCCUGGGCAGCCUCCCAGUUUACAGGGCCAGGCUUGCUUAGUUUCAGCGGCAUCAUGAGUUUUAAGACUAUUCUCUGUUUAGUGUUGAGUAAUGAUCAUGUUGAGUAAUGAUCAUGUACUGUUGUCUCAGGUAAUGGAUGGGGAUGUGCUGCCUUGAUUUCAUCCCUGGAUGAAUGGAAAAUCUCAGGAUCUUUCCCACUCUGCAGUGCUGAUAGCAUGUGUUUGGUGCCUAUCCACAUUCCAUCUGUGCUGCAUAUGAGUUGGGCACUGUGUACACAAUUCACAUUCCAUAAUGCAUAGCCUUCAUUAAUGGAUGUGGGCAUUCAGCAAGAAUAUCUGAACAUCCAGUUCCUUGUUGCAUGCACAAUCCUCAUCCAGCAAAGAAAUCUGCUCUGGAAAGCCUGCUUCUAUGUGUGGCUCUCCUUAGUAGAUUGCAAUUUUAAAUAGUCUUACUGAAGUAAAUUCUGUUAUAACAGUGGGGUCAGUUCACAUAUAACAAACAAACCAUUGUUUGGUGUUGGAGAUGGAGCCUCAAGCUCAUACGUUGUUAUUAUUUAUUGAAUUUGUUAGUCACUUUAUCUUGCCCAAGGCAACUCAAACCGAUUUAUAGCCCAACUCUCCCAAUAGAUACAUAAAAAGCAAGCGGAUGAUUAAAAUUUUAAAUAUUCCACCCACUUCUAAAAGGCCACAGAUAAUUAGAGACCCCAUGGAAUCUUCUUUUUUAGUUCCUGUUAGGAGUGUGCACCAACCAUAAUAUUUGGUUUGAAUCCCAAAGCUUGGCACUUUAUAAAACAACUCAGUUUGGCUCAGGAGAGUGAAUCAGUUCCAUUUGCCCCCCACCCUUCCAAGAUUGGGAAUUCAAAUGGCUCUAAUUUGUCCCCCUUUUGAUAGAAGUAGGUGAAAUUUGCAGUCAUAGCAACUCAUCCAUAGUAAACUAAGCACAUCCAGGGGCUUUUGUACUGGACACCUCCUCCCAGACAUCCCACUUGGCUUCACCAUUUUUCUGAAACUGAUGCACACCCCUAUAUCCUGUGAAACCUUUGCCACAAACUAUGAAAUAACUAAGUGAUUGUGUGUGUGAUUUGGAGAGUGGGCAAUCAGACCUUGCUCUUGUAUGUCUUAACUUCUUCCAUGUAAACAUACUUAAGACUGGGUGGGGGGUAGGAAAUCAAAGGAUGAAAUAGCCUUAUCUUUUGAGGCCCUGAAAUAAUAAUAUCCUUUGAGGCCUUCUCUUCCUUCUCCUUGGUUGCAGGUGCAGUGGUAUUAAACUGAUUUUUUUUUAUUUGUUCUCCAUAAUUAGUUUCUUCAUAGCACCUAGAAAAGGUGCUGUUUUGAAUUGUUUCAAAUAUUUUCAAGGUCUGAAAUACAGAUACUAAACUAGUUCUUCCUGUUGCUUUACUUUCUCUUCCUCCAUCUGCAAUGCCUGCUGGUUGGUUAUCUUCUUUUGUCACAUUUGGUUUCUGGGGAAAUACGCCUGCUCUUGACCUGUACGAGAUAAAUUAUGUAGUAAUGUUAACUUGUUAGAGCAUCUGUGUAAUAAAAAUGAAUAGGCUUGAAAAGGAGGUGAAUAAGCUAGGAAAGAAAGCGGCAUAUUAGCAUGUUCAGCAUUAUGCAGCAAAUAGGCUUCUGAAAGAUAAGGCGUUUAUUUCUGUCAUUGAACUCUUGAAAGAAAAAGGGCACACCGGAGGCACAUUUACUGAUCAGCAUAGCAAGAUUGCUUGUUCUGGAGAGAUUUUCAGUAUUUUACAGAAUAGUGGGAAAUUUCCAUGUCAUCGCUGUAUGAGAUCAGAGAGUUGGUGGCUUUGUUUUUCACACAGCAUGAUUUAAAAUGGCAUAUUUUAUUGCACCAGCUAGUUAUUCAAAAUGGUUUGCAAGCAAAAUAUUCUUCAUCAAGCAGUUGGAGAGAAAAAAAUAGAAAUGAAGGAGAUAUGCUUAGGUUGAAGAUCCAGUGGCCGAGGCUGAUGUUGCUUCUGACUGUCUCAUUUAUUCUUCAGUUACAUAACAGGCAGUGAUAAAAUUUACAAUCUCUUCAAAACCUACAGUAUGUCUUUGUCAAACACAAAUGGCCUGAAGUGCAGAGCCUAAAAAGUCAACUUUAAGUGACUAUUGUAACUAAUCAAGAACAUAACAGCCUGGAAACUAAGGAAAUAUAGUCCCAUGCUUUGAAACGUUUGUGUUCUGAUUAGAAUUUUGGAGUGGCAUGGGGAGGAAGCUAAAUUCUUCUGUUCAAGUGAAGAACCUAUAUUCUCCGUAGGAGAGAACAAUGUAGUGGUUCUCAGGUUUGGGAAUACAAACUCAUGAUUUACAUUUACUAAUGGUUCUGACUUCUCAUAAUGUUUUUAUAACUAUCUUGUUCAAAGCCCUUCAGAGAACAUCCCUGUUUGCAGUUCACACCAUGAUAACUUUCUUGGCUGCAAUGCCACCCACAUAAUGCAGUGGCAUCAUGACAUACAGCGUGAGCAAGGCUCACUGCUAAAAAUGGACAGUGCUACAUCAAAAAGCACAGUAUACUGUACUUAGCUGGAAAUUCAUAUGAUACAGUGCAAUUCUCCAUGGCAUAGUGUGGGCAGAUAAAGUGCAACUGUCCUGUUUGCUACGUCUGAGUAACUCUAUUCCCCCUACCAUAAAUGACUUAAUGCAUUUGAGAGGUAGGUGCUUUGUUUUUUUUAAAUGAAAGCUUAAAUUCAGAAAAAAAGAGCAAAAUGCACCCUGUCAUUGAUGUUUGCUUGACAGCUUGAAUAACGAUAGAGCAAAAGAGGCCAAUCUUUUAAUUUCGCCUUUAUUAAACUGCAACGAGAUCCCCAGGGAUUCUCAGAAAUUGCAGUUAUAAAAUAUGCUUUUGACGUGAGUGUACAGCCUCUAGAGUACAGGCCUAUUUUGAAACUGGUCAAUACUUAGGAGCCUGGACAUCGCCCUCUCUGAGCAGCUACUGUGUCAGGACUGUGAUGUGAAAAUGCAGCACCCGGCUGGAGGAAGCAGCCUGUCUUAGUUUCCUCCUUGUCUUCUACGUGUUCAGUGGAAGACAGUUCAUAAUUGAGGAGGUGGAAAAUGCAGCAAUUAUGGCAGAUAGAGUGGUGAACGAUACGCCCCAAUGUUCCUAUCUAAGGCAUUACCUAAGCCAUUAAAUAAUUUGUAGUAGAUCCCUAAACUUUUUAAAAACUUUCUUCCCAAGAAAACACUGGUUAAAAAAGAGUAAUCAUUCUACUGUUAUAAUUUUUUAAGUAUGUGGGAAAUUAUUGAGAAACCUCUUCACUGUCUGAUAUAAUACUAGUGAAAUUUGACAGAUUUCCACCUACGAACAUGAGGGAACUGUGAUGUGGUUGCUAAUAUUUUUAGGCAACAUUUUACACAUGUACGUAUUCCUCUAAUUGGUAGAUAUUUUGGAUGUCAGUAAAAUGUUAGUUUCGCUAAUAAAGGUUUGGGGCAUCUUUCCAAUCCCGCCUUUGUGGAAAGUCUUGCCACAGCAGUAUCUGUUGUGGCAAGACUCUUGUUUACUUUUUAUAUUCUUCUAUGUACCUGCUUUCUGAUAGCUAGUAGGUGUUAGUUUUCUCUCUGCUUCAUAGCUUGGUAUUGUAUUCCGAAACUGUAUUUCACAGAAACCGCAGUGCACAUGAAUGUGUAGCUGAAAUGGUUGCAUUGACUACUUUUAGUCUCUGCCAAUGCACUAACACUACACAGGCAAGUUGUUGCAUCUGGCUCUUCCAACCACAAAAGUAAAAUAAAUCACAAUGCAGAAUGUCAGAGUUUGAACAUACUAGAUCACUUUAUAACAUUAGAUGUGUUUCUGUUGUGGACUAGGUGGCAGUGAUAUAAAUCUAGCAAAUUAUAUUCUGUUUGACUAAGAAGUAUAGCAUGGACUAUACUUUAAAAGUUAAGCGUGUGGCUAGACAAAUGGUGGCCUAGUGAAUAAAUCUAGUUUCUAAAGGUUUUCUGCCUGGCUCCUUGCACAGCCCCUGAUCACCAGGAUGUCUCAGACAGGACCAUGUGCUCUUAUGGUGUAGUCAGCCAUUUUCUUCCUGGGUGAGGCACUUGUCUUCUACACUACAAACAGAAUAAACUUGGGCAGACCUCUUUAUCUCAUUGUGCACCUAAACUCCUGUGUACAAGCCAAAGCACAAAGAAAUAGCAGUGAGCAGUGAAGGUGCAUAGAAGGUGCAUAGAGUGCCAAAGUUUCUGACGCAGAUUGUGCUGGAGAAGAGGAUGCUGAAGAGCGCAUUCGCUUUAAUUUUGCUCAUGUAGGUCCAAGCAGAGCCCACACUGCAGGCCUUUCGGCCAUUGCUCAACUGAAAAUAUGGCUUCUGAAAAUUAGUUGCUGAACAGAGAAUUAAUGGCUUUGCUUGAGUGCAGCAUAUAAAAUAAGGCUGGGAAGAAUUAAUAGUUUCUGAAGGAUCUGGGACAUAAUAUGGAACACAAGGUUCUCCAAGCAAUUCCAUAAAUUGCUCUAAAGCUCAAAUGCAAUCUUAAUGCAGGUUGGAAACAAUUGUGCAUAAACCCUAGAGCUAAUGUCAUACAUUAGAAAAAUGCUGUGUUUUACACAGUGGUUUAAUGGGUAUUACUAAAUUGCUUGUGUAUUUUUAGGACAUUACAGUUCAUGAUAACACAUGACUGAAGGAGAUCCAGAGUUCAUCAAGUUAGCCUGGCGCCAGGAGCUGUCACUGCUGCUGCUGCUGCUGCUGCUGCUGCUGCUGCUGCUGUGGGAUCGACUGGGCUCUGGCUGCUGAUGGGCUGGUGGAAGCCUUGUGCAUGAAAUGAAUGGAAAUGUAAUAGCAUGUCUGCAGAGUAUGGCUCAGAUCCCUCUGUGCAUAGUUUCCUGGGAGUAAGCCCCCCUAAAAGUGAGACUUGCUUCCAAGUAAAUGUAUAUAGGAUUGAAGUGUGUGCUGUGAUACCUAAUCUCUCUGUCUCCCUCUUUCUCACAUACACGGGCAGAUGCGUUCACAUACACUUCAAGUCAUGAUGUGCAAGCAGUGCCCACUGUGCUAAAGGUGUGUGUAGAAUAGAUAGUGCCAGAUUGUUAAAGUAAGCAACUGACCCCAGAUAUUUUGAUUAGUUAUUCACGUGAAUUGGUAUGUGAGGGCUUACUAUCUUUGUCCCUGCAGCAACCACCACUCCUCCUUAUAGCAUCCAACACAACACAUGGCAUCCUAUUGCGUUGCUCAUCUCCCGGUCUUUGCCUCACAGCAUUGGCAGAUGGGUUAGCAUAGUGAUUUUUUGUGUGAUGCAUUUUAUGUGUUGGAUGAUGCUACAAGAGAGAGUGACAGCAGUGGCAGCUGUAGCCCUCUUAUAAGGUUUAGCCUGGCUUUCAGCUGUGCAGCAUGUACAGCUUAUGCAACUACACACAACUUUCAAAUGACAAUGCUGUUCUUUUAGAAUUUACGGUACCUGAGGCAAGAAGUCUUUGGCUGCAGAGCUAAAAAUAGCAAUACUGCUUGAUGUUCUUGGGUGCUCACUGCUGCUUCUAAUUAAAAUGUUCACAUUAUUGUGGAGCAUAUAGAUCAGGUAUGAAAGCUGACCCUUUAGAAAAUCCUUUGGAAAGCAAUCUCUGUGUUUUGCAUAUUGGCAAUAAAUGAUGCGCUCAAAAUAUUGACGUAUUUGAGGCAUGAACUUUGCUGUAUGUGACUAGUCUUCGGAUCUCUGCACAAUACGUUAUGACAACUCUGAGUAGCUACCAACUGAGUGGCACCCUGCCAAACUUAGGUUUGAACUGACAUAAACAUAGUUAAUUUUCUACAGAGAGUGCUUAUGCUUCAGGUUGAAUUUAUGAUCAAAAGUCAAUAUUUAAAUUCAGGGCUGUAGCUAACCACUCAUCUAGUAGUCACUUAAUGGGAAUAUGAGUUGCUACAACCAGACAAGCAAGCUUUUGUUAAUUGGAAGAAACCUGGCUCUCCUUUACUGUUUUUUAGACCACUAUUGAGUGGGUAGCAGGCGCUACUUGCAGUAGAUGGUUUUUAAUAGACCAGCCUUCACCAACCUGAUGUCCUCCAAAUGUCGUAGUGCAAAACAUCAGGAGGGUGCCAAGUUGGUGAAUGCUUCUUCAGACUUGUUUAUACAACAGUUUUCUUUUUAAUACUGUACAUCUAUGGAAGCAAAAGUGAGCAAAUUGUUUUACUUGGCUGCCUACAGAACACCAAAGUAGAGGAGGCUGGAGCAGAAUUGAGAAUUUAGAAUAAUAUGGGGGGCAAAAGUGUACACCCUGAAAUAUUUAAACAUGAUUUUCAGUGAAGCAUUAGUAUAGGUAAUAAAUGAAAGGCUAUGUAUGGAACUAUAAACUCGUCUCCAGAUAAGUUGUGUAUGUACCUUUAAGUAUGAUGGCCUUGGAAACAGCUGUUAUUAGUCAGCUUCACUGAAAAUAAUCUAGGGAAUGGCUGCUGUUUGCUGCCUUUUACUUUGUCCUCUGUGAAGAUCUGGCAAGUUAUCUAAUCUGUACCUGGGAGAAUCCAAGAGCUUCUAAGUAAAUAUUAGGCAGGGCAUCGUGUUUAUGCCUGAGCCACGCAAUAUAGAAUUUACCAAAAAUGUCGCAACUCUGCUAAAAACAUAACCACAUAACCUGGAGAGUGAUGCAGUCUGUGAAGGCGGGCUAGAAGGAAAUCUGGUUAGAUGGCUUUUCCAUUCCAUCCUUUAUAUUCAAGCAUUUUAUUCUUGGGUGGAAAAAAGCCAAGAAAAUAAGCAGGUUCUUGCAAAGAAAGCACAUCUACAUCAUAGGUUCUAUACAGUCUCUGUCACUAGCAUGGCAAGUCCCAAAUAGCUGCACCGAGUGACCCUAGGUACAGGAGAUUUCAUUCUGGUGUAUAUUUUGCAAGCCCCUCUGCAAUGUUAUGUCCACAUAUAACCAUUUCCUUACCGCUGUCUAUAUUCAUGAGGAUUAUUUCUAGUAUCCUGUGAUUCAGAAAAAAGAUUCACUAUAUUGUGACGGAAUUAUGUUGGGUUCUUUUCUAGUUUUGAACAAAUUUAAAUGUAUUGUAAAGCUAUUUAGCUUGGUCAUUCAAAUGUACCUUGGUUAGAAGGGGCAACUAGUUUCUAGAUUUCAUGUACUGGAAGGCUAUAGUGUUACUGUGUGGAUUGCGGUUCAUAUAACACAAAAACUUGAGCUAUUUUCAAAUGCUCCUCUAAUGCAAAGCCUCUGACUUGACACUUUUCCCUUCCAAAUAGGAAUCUCCAGAAAUUAAGUCUCUUUGGUGAUAUAAGCAUUCUGCAACAACAUGGAAGUAUAUCAAAUACGCACCUCAGCAAAGUGGAUCCAGAUGGAAAAAAGAUUAAGCAGUAAGUUGUCCAAAAUAUAUUGUUACAGUAUUGCAGUUUAAAGAAAUGGGAUGUGUGUGUGUUGUAAAUGCAUUGUUUUAGAAUAUAAUCCAUUGUCUUCUCUGAUGAUUUAGUACUGAAAAUAAUGGCUCAUGGUUUCACAGUGUCUAUCGUUCUUUGUUGCUGCAAUUUCCUUUGCAAAUUGGACAUCUUUUCUCAGAACAUGAUUACUCUAAAAACAAGCCAUUUGCAGUAGUUGGGAGAUUUUCUCCUACAAAAUUCACAUUCUAGGAUAAAUCAUUUUAAGCAAAGCAGGAAGGGGUGCCAGGGACUGCUAUAGCAGUAUUUUCAUCUAGCAAUUCUCAGUAUAAACUUUAUGCUAUCCAUGUCACAUUGCUAAAAGCAGGUGCAUUCUGCAAAAAACUGAGCAACUUUCAUACUGCUUCAGACACAAUUAACCUGACUAUUCUCACAAUUAACUUCAGGAGUAAAAUAUGAGACGUGUGGGGACUGUGUACACUGGCCUCAGUUCCUUGGUGGAAGGGUGGGAUUAGAAUGUUCAUCGUUAUCAGAGUUGUACUUGCUAAUUAGAAGAAAGGUUUCUGGUACAGUUAACUCACAUCUUACGUGAGGGGUCCACACAUUUACGCAAAAAUGCAUAAAGCCAGGAACCCUUUGGAACACACACACACCCCGGCAAAAUGGAGGGUUGUUUGGAUUCUGCCAGAGCUGCUGUUCCAAAACCAGCGAUCACAGCUUUGCACAGGUGGGUGGGGGGAAAUAAAUGAAUGGAGAAUGGGUUUCCUCCACUCUCCAGUUAGAUAUUUAUUUCCCCCGCCGACCAAAGUUGCAAUUGCAUAAGUAAAAUAAGCGUAAGAUGCAAGUUACUUCCUACCCCCCAUUAUUUUCAUCAGCCGGUAUAAAUAGGUUACAUACAGAUGUCCAUCACUCUGAAUGUGGUACCAAGUCAUGACUCGCAUGUGAGAAAUGGUUAUCGUGGAACAAGCAUCACGGAUAGAGCUUUCAUAUAAUCAAAUAUCACUUCCGCCAUUUGGCUUCAAAUCAAGUGUCAAGCUGAAUGAUGUACAAGCAUAUACAGCAUUAAUCAGUCCUGAUUUUCCCUUUGGAGUAUCAUUUGAAUGAGAUACGCAAAGUGCUGAUGCAGUGAGUAGAUACAAGCACUAUUGAACCCACCACGCUGUGCUCUCUAGGACUUCUAGCAAUUGGUAGCUACCCUACACAUAUGCUAGUUACAAAAUGUGAGGAAGAGAAUCAAAACAAGUUAGCAUGCACAGUUCCAAAAGGGCAAAAUGAAUUUUCUUUUAUAUUUGUUUAAAACAAAAAGGAAGACAACAGAACUUUAAAAAGCAAGUGCAAUUCUGCUGCUGGAACUUUAGACUUAUUUUUAAAUGGUGUGUUCUUUCUUUCCUUCACUACCACCCCACCCACCCCUGCUACAGCCAGUGUGUUUCUAAUGCAACACCGUUUGCAUUAAAGGUGUAAAGCUUUGUUGCUUCUUUGUCUAUUGAACUUGGCUCAGAAUUAAAAAAUUAAACUAUAAAAGAUUAAGACGGUUGCGUCUGUUUCUUCUUGCAGAAUACAGCAGCUGUUUGAAGAAAUAUUGGGUAACAGCAGACAACUGAAAUGGCUGUCAUGCGGGUUUAUGCUACAAAUCGUAACACCCACAUCGUUGUCAUCUCUCUCAAAUCCUAUUGCCAACACUAUGGAACACCUGAGUUUACUGGACAACCACAUCCCUGGUAAUACCACUCUUAUCACUGCGGUUGAAUUGGAGCGUUUUGUCAGUCUUCGCUCACUCGCCUUGGAUUUCUGUGAUUUUACAGCAGAAAUGGCAAGAGUCCUGGCUGAUAGUAACCAUGUGCCUUUGCAUCGACUGUCUCUUCUGGUCCACAAUAUUUCCGUAAUGCACAAGUCCCUGGAAAAUAUGCCAGAAGACGAAGAUUGGAAGGCACUGACACGCAACAGCACUAAUCUUCGGGUCUAUAUAAUGGCUUUUGAUAUCAAGAGCGAUGACAUGCUAAGGAUUCUUAAACCCAGUAUCCCACUGGAGAGGAUUCACUUCGACAGCUACAUCACUUGCGUUUCAGGAGCUGUUGUUGAUCUCAUAUCUAGGCAGUAUGAUAAGUUUCUCACUCAUUUCAUACUAAUGAAUGAUGUGAUCGAUAUGUCUGGCUUCCCAGAUCUCAGCGACAACCGAACCGAAGACCCAUUGGUUUUAUUGGCCUGGAGGUGCACAAGGCUCUCUCUUCUGGCAGUGCAUGGUAGGCAAUUACAGAGGGGCAAAACACUGCUAGUUUAGAAACCUACACAUUCAUAUGGGUAUGGGUAUGCCCUUGAGAUUUCCCACUUAAGUAUUUUUCUCCAGGUUUUGGGAGAAUUCCCAAAGUAUUGGGUGUUGGGGCAGGGAAUAAAUUGUGCUCUGGCUUCAGGCUAGGAUACGCUGUGCAUAUCAACAUGAUUAUAUGGUGGGAAACUGUUACUGCCUUCAGAACACAAGACUCACAGUUGCCAAAAAACAACAACCCAACAACCCUUAAUUGAUAGGAAAAUAACUUCCUGCACUGUUGGAUUGUCCUUACUUUAGACGGCUUCACCCAACAUAUUUUACGAUUAUUGGCUCCUUUAACACGAGCCUUUAUGCUACAUACAUAUCAUGCUGCAAAACUACCAAGAAAUCCCAUGAGACAUUUCCUUACUCAUCUGCCCGGAAUUAUUGGGGAAGGGAAAAACAGGCAGCUCCGCAAAAAUUAAAUACAAAAAGAAGCAGCAGCAAUAUUCACUUUUUUAAUUAACGAGUAAGUAAACUGACCAAUUACUGGGGUGAUUUCUUGAAAAGAACCUCAUUAGGAAAAUUGCUAAAUAGGGAGACGUUAGCUUUGAGACUGUAAAAUAUUAAAUUACCUUUGGGGUAGGGUGGGGAGGGAGAGGGAAGAAAGACAAAGUCCUAAAAAUUAGUAAUUGCUUUUUUGUGUUUCAGGUUAUACUGUUUGGGCUCACAACCUGAUUGCCAUUGCUCGUCUUCGUGGCUCUGAUUUGAAAGUUCUUGAAGUCACAGAAGAAAGCAUUGAUUUUGACCAAGGUGAAUUGGCCGAUCAGGAUGUGGAUCCGGUGCACAAUCUCAUUGAGCAGGUAUCCCUUGGAUUGGGCCGACCUUGGCACGCAGUCAUGGACAUAGAAUUACUCAGUGUCUUUACUGAGCCAACUCGUCAUUUUUACAGAGAAAUGCAAAGCUUCAGUGAAGGCAUUUAGUUCUCUUUAUUUACAGUUCCUGUGGUUACAUAUGCAAGUAGGGUCCUAUUAUGUUUUUCAGUAGUGUGAAUUAACCCCUCUUGUGCUGUGUUUAAUCAGUAUUAGCUAUAUAGAAUUAUAUAUGUAUAUUCUACUUCUUGAUCAAAGAACGUAGUCGGGUAUUGGUUUAGAAGCUGAAAGUGGCAACGUUUAGGGCUUUCACGGUUAAUGGACUUGUCUACAAAAAAAAAAAAAAGCAAAACUCAGAUGUGGCUGAAGGUUGUCUGAGGUUGCCGGCUAACUUUCUUUUUGUACUGAGUAACUCUGCAACUUCACUGAUUUUACUAUUGUCGGAGUUUUUGUGCUCAGGAGCCAAAAAUCUUUUUACUAUCCAUAGCCCAGUGGUUUUGAAUGCAGUCAUUGUCAUGUAAACUAGUAGCAUGCUACUUAAAGCUUUUUUUUUUUUUUAAAGAGAGAAAAAUCAGGACUAUCCAAUACCAUUUACUGUAAACCUUUGCUUUGAUUUCAUGUACAAUAUCUGGAGCAUGAAAUAUUGCCACUCUGCAAUCUCCUCCUUAAAUAUGAAGCAGUUGUCUCUUGCACAGUAUAGCUUCUUCAGAUGCUUACCUGACUCUGAAAGCUAUCAAUCGUAGUUUCAUUGUAAAUUAAUUGUAGCUUCUUUUUCUUGUGGUCUGUCAGCUUCUCCGUACAAGUUAGCUUUGGGCCCAGAUUUAAAAAGAAACGUCAAGUCUCUACACUCCGAUGGGGUAAAACCAUAAUGAUUUAAAGAUAGAAAUUUAAGUCUACUUUGCUUGCAAACAAACAUUAGUCGUGAAAUCCCUAGCAACUAAGUCACUGGAUUUUCUCUGUCAGCGCCUGUGUCAGCUGCCAAAGAAUAGAUUUAAAACGAAGAAGUGCCCACAUGCUGGCAGGGGCAGGCCAAUUUUUGGCCAGCCAGAUACUGCUAGAUUGUAAUAUAUAAGGUCGAAUUUCGACCUGUGGUACACAGCUGUGCUGUGGCUCAGUCAGCAACCUCAGAACUCUUAAACAUGCACCUGUUUCACUGUGAAUAGUGAAUGUAAAGGAAAGAAAGGAAAACAGAUAAUACAAACCUUGUUCUAUCACAGGUAUGAGCUGCUAUGAUGCAUGAAGAACAUUCCAUGAAGUAUGUUUUAAAAUCUUGUUAUAUCUGAGAGGCUUUAAAAGCCGAUUUAAACUGUUUCAGGGCAACCGCGGUACAGACGUGGUCUCUGUGAGACUUCCACCUGACCCAAGUUUUAAGUGGUACGAAUGUUGUGCAUUUAAUGUUAAAGGACAGUCUGCAAUAAUAAAGUUAAGUGGCCAACGUGGGUGCCCAGCAGUGCUGAGACCUGGCUGCCAUAUUGUAAGCUUUGGAAAACACAAUUUAUGCAACAGAUGUCCAGAUAUGAUUCUAUUUAUGGAAAAGUUUAUAUGUGUUUUACAAAUGGUUUUACCAUCUUAUAUUAAAAUGACCUUUUGACAGGUGUGCGCUGUUUUGUCUCCAGUGAGCACAUACCAUGCGGAUUUUAUAUGUACAUCAGUAGAGUGAAUCCACUGGCACAGUGUGUGUGAAUGCCAGAUGUGGUGAGAUUUUAUCUUAUAAAUGUGAUCAGACUAAAGUAACUCCUGACAGAAAUUGUAAGGAAACCAGCUGAGUGUUUGACUUGAUGACUGAUGUUGUAUGGUUUAUGUUAAAUGUAUAUUCUUUUAAUCAAUGAAUAAAGCAUUAAAAUUGAUCAUGGAAAAAUAUUUUAUUAUAUCAGCAUGGUAGUUUUAGCACUGAACAAAUCACACUUUUCGUUGAAAACUAUCUUGCUUGUUUCCACUGUUUAAAUCCAGAAAGCCUUGAGUUCUGAAGUAAGUCAGACAUUUAUUUGGCUAAUGCUUUAUGAACAUUUUUUUUUAGGAAACCAAGCUAAGUAGAAUAUCAUAAUUUGAUAUUGUUUGCUUAAACUGGCAGAAUAAAUCUUUAAAAGUGUAGAAUAUGGAAAGCCCAAAUCCCUCCCGUAGCAAAUGCUUAUAUCAAAAUUGAAUGUGUUCUAAAACAGCAACAACUGUGUAGUACUUAUAUCCAUGUCCCACUAUUAAAUAGACUGUGAACACUUACC